AUGGAAGAGACGUCUCCCGCCCGCGCGGAGGAGGCGAAGGAGCUCAAUGCCUCCAAGGACGAGCGAGAAGCCUCUGCGGCACCCAAAGUCCUGGCCGUCAAGAACAAGCAGUGUCCGUACUGCAACCAGACCUUUACUUCGUCCUCCCUCGGCCGCCACCUGGACCAGUACCUCUACAAAAAGAAGCCGGACGGGGUGCACAAUGUGGAAGAAAUCAGACAGCUUCGCAGUAGUAUCACCCGGCGGACGGCGCGCGGUGGGACAAAGCAGAACAGCCCGGAGGUCUCGUCUGCUUCAGGACCUGCGUCUGCGUCUGCGGUCACCAUCGGUGCUGCUUCUGCUGCCACAGGCCCAGAUCCGCACUCUGUCGCUCCAUUGCAGCUCAACUCAAGUGGCCCGGGCAGCAAGGGAUAUCGCCUCUUAAUCAACCAGCCAACAUGGCAUGCUACUGGCGUCAUCAACGACAUCCCCAAUUCCUCUCCUGUUUCGCAAUUGAGGAUCCCCUCUACCUCGCUGGAGAGGUCAAAUCGACUGACCAGCUCGAACUCGACGGAGACCACACGGGCAUUGGAGCUCGCGCUCAGGGAGGUUCUGGAUAGUGUCAAAGCAGCCGCUAGCAACCAUACUCCAUCGCUCUCUCCAUUCGACUUUGAUCUCCAGUCGCAAACAUUUCCUGCUCUCUGCCUCCAGGCAUUACCACCCCCACCGAGCCUCUUCUCCACCCACCCAUUCCCAUCGCCCACUUCCUUCCCCAUAGAACCUCCGAGUGUGAACCAGCGGGAAAUUGUACAGCAGGCGUUGCGCGCCCAGGUCCACCAAUGGAAGUACGACCAACUUGCUGCGGCUAACACUACAUCGUCCUCUACGUCGUCACACCAAAGCCAGCCAAGCCAAGAUGCAAGCAUGAUUGAGAAGGUAGCCUAUCAGCACGAGGAGAUUAUUCCACGACAUCUCGAGCUAUCCUUGCAGAACUGGAUGGAGCUUUCUUCAGCGGCUCAACGGGAGUUGUGGCAUCUUGAAAUAGUACGGGCUUUUGCGCGAGAAGCCGAGAAACGGAAGAAGAUUGAGGCUCAGCUGCACCGCACACAGCAGGAAGCCAACCAAUUGCGUGCACAGGUCGAGAAGCUUGCGUCUUGCCAAUGGCCAAGAGAGUUCGCUAUAUUCCCGCCGAACCUACUGCCCAUAUCCCCUGAUAUUGCCAGGGAACUUGACAGGCAUGAGAGCCGCAUACACUCGCCCGAGUCGUCGAAAUGGGACUACGAUAACCUUGUAGCUAAAUGGCAGCGUGUUGUAAUGCACGAUAGAUCUAUGGGUCGAAGCGGCGUGGGUGGUCUGGAUAAUACCAACACCGAAGUAUCAACCCUGCCUAGUAUUCCACGUCAGCCUUAUUCCACACGGGUUGCCUCCCCAUUGCAGAGAAGCAACCAGCUCCCACCGCCAGUCCCAACGUCACCAAAACCUCAGCCACCUUAUCAACGGCACGCCCAUCCGUCUCCAAUAAGGCAAUCCCCCCGUCACGAAGAGAGGGAGCCCAACGAACCGGCUGAACAUUUCCGUGCGCCCAAACGCCCACGGCCGCAUGAGGAUCAGCCCCAAACUAGGUUUUCCAGCCCAGGCAGCUCGUCGCCCAGAUAUUCCUGGAACCAUCCGCCAGCCCAUGAGCCAUACUCUACCCCACAAAGCCGAUCUAACUCGGUUUUGUCACCGACCCUCCCACGCGGACCCAUGUUCCCAGUCGGUUCUGGAACUCCAUCUACUCCCCCGGCAUCGGCAAACGCUGCGAGACAAUCAGGUAGCCAGGCUGGUGAAGUUGUAGCUCCUUCACACCGACUAUCAAACGCCUCUGGCCCCACGGAUGGUAGCGCCUCCGAUAGGAUCGAGGCUUCCCCUAAAACACAGACACAGUAUACCCCUAAAGAACCAGACUCGCGAGAGAUGCAUUAG